AUGACCUUCUUUGAUCGCAAUCGAACAGGUGAAUUGAUUUCUCGUUUGUCUACUGACACUGCCAUUGUGGGCAAAAGUAUUACCAACAACGUCAGUGAUGGUUUACGAGCUUUGGCAACAGCUAGUGUUGGUUCCACCAUGAUGUUAUAUGUUAGUCCGAAAUUAACUGGGAUUAUGAUGCUUAUUAUUCCUCCUGUGGCUGUGUUUGGUAUUGUCUAUGGUCGAUACGUUAAAACUUUAUCACGCAAAACACAAACAGCUGUAGGUGAAAUCACCAAGGUGGCAGAAGAAAAGAUCAGCGCAAUUAGGACAGUACAAGCAUUUGCUAAGGAAAAGAAAGAAGCUGGAAGAUAUGAAGCACGAGUUAAGGAUUUAUAUCAAUUGGCUCGGAAGGAAGCUUUGGCUAGUGGUGCUUUCUUCGGUGGUGCAGGACUUUCUGGAAAUCUUGCUGUUCUUGCAGUAUUAUGGCAUGGUGGAUCUAUGGUCAUGAACGAUAUUAUUACUAUUGGUGAAUUGGCAUCAUUUAUGCUCUACACUGCCUAUGUUGGCACUUCUUUACAAGGCUUGACAUCGUUUUAUUCAGAAAUCAUGAAAGGGGUUGGAGCUUCUGAUCGAUUAUUUGAAUUACUUCAAAGAAAAAGUCAAAUUGAUGUUGAUAAUGGUAAAAUAUUAGACAAGGUCAAAGGUAAAAUUGAAUUCGACAAGGUAUCAUUCGUCUAUCCAACACGUGAUAAGAGUCCAAUCUUCAAGGAUUUAUCGUUAAGCAUUGAACCUGGAACUGUUGUAGCUGUAGUGGGACCAUCAGGAAGCGGUAAAAGUAGUUUGGGAUCAUUACUACUUCGAUACUAUGAUCCAGAUCAUGGUAAUAUAUACGUGGAUGGUACAAACAUUAAGGAUCUCAACAUGCAUUGGUGGCGUGAACAAAUUGGUGUGGUAUCUCAAGAACCAGUACUUUUCCAAGGAACCAUUGCUGAAAAUAUUGCUUAUGGAUGUGAAAAUGCAACGAUAGAUGAAAUCAAGGCAGCAGCGAAAAGGGCUAACUGUGCCAAUUUUAUUGAAUCAUUCCAUGAUAAGUAUGAUACCUUGGUUGGUGAACGAUCUGUGGCACUUAGUGGUGGACAAAAACAAAGAAUUGCUAUUGCAAGAGCAUUAUUGAAGAAUCCUUCUGUUUUGAUAUUAGAUGAAGCAACAAGUGCAUUAGAUUCUGAAAGUGAAUUACUUGUACAAGAUGCUUUAAAUGAAUUGAUGCGUGGACGAACAGUAUUUACUAUCGCACAUCGUAUGUCAAGUAUUCGAUCAGCCGAUCUUGUGGCAUGUAUCAACAAUGGACAUAUAGCAGAACUUGGAACAUACAAUGAACUCUUGAAUAUUGAAGGUGGUGUUUUCCGUAGAUUGGUGGAAUUACAAACUUUGAACUCUUCAGAUCAUUCUCAUUAG